UACAUGCUUAUCUGAACUCGUGAAAUUCAACCAAACGUAGCAUUCUGUACACACAGAGAAUCUCUUCUGGAAAGUCCCAUUUUUUUCCUUUGUUUUUCGGGAUUUAUGCGUGCAUGAAAUCUGUAGAAACCCUCUGUACUUUUGCUUUCCAGCCCGAGACAGUUGCUGGAAUGUUCUUUGAAUUCUAUAUUUUAUACCCUGAAACAAACUCUACGGGAUCCUAUGAAAUCUGCUUUGUCAGUUUGAAUCAAUUUGGUUGAAAGUUCACGAAUCGAAGGAAUAGUCUGAUUGAGAAGGAGAAUCAGUUGAAUUAUGGGAUACUUAUGUGAGUUCUGCGGCAAGGAUAGGGCCAUUGUGUAUUGCAAAUCUGAUGCAGCUAGUCUAUGUUUAUCAUGUGACCGUAAUGUCCAUUCUGCAAAUGCCCUUUCUCAUCGUCACUCAAGGACACUCGUGUGCGAAAGAUGUAAUUCGCAACCUGUCUCUGUCCGAUGUAUCAAGGAGAGGGUAUCUCUUUGUCAGAGUUGUGAUUGGAUAGCUCAUCGUGGUUCACAUGCACAUGAAAGACAAGAAGUUAAUUGUUACUCGGGCUGCCCUUCAGCUGCAGAACUUUCUGUGAUAUGGUCAUUUCUCCUGAAUCUCCCUACAUUCUGUGAUUCUACUUGUGAGCAGGAAACGGGGUCCCUGAGCAUCACUGGAAGCAGGCUAAAGGAUUGCCAAAGUGCCGAAGGAGAUAAUAACAUUCAAGAUUCAUCUAUUGCAGUCGGCGAGAAUUGCUUACGUAAUGAGGAUGUUGAUAUAGCAACUGUUUCGAUGGAAUCGACAAUGCCUUCGCUUAAUCCCAAGGUGAACAAUGCAGAAAAACUGACUGGAUCUUCUAAUUCUUCUAUGCAGAAGGGUUUCUUCUGUGGAACAAAGGGAUCUGCUUUAUGUGAUGAUGGUGGUUUUUAUGAUGAUUUCAAUAUGGACGAAGGAGACUUAAAUAUUGAGAACUAUGAAGAAUAUUUUGGUGCAGAUGUUGAUAACACAGGAAAACUUUUUGAUAAUGAUGGGAUUGAUGCACUAUUUGCAACAAAAGAUAUGUCUUGUUCCAACUGUCACAGUGCUUCUGCUGCUGAGGUAAUUCCUUCAAAUGGGAGUGCAUUAUCCUCUCUCUCUCUCUGCUACUGUGAUUUCGCAUGUAGUUCAUUCACAACAUGAAUGAGACUUUUAGUU